GGCGUUGCUAGGCAACCGUUAUAGCUGCUACAGAGGAAGUAGAGGAAGAAGAUGAAAAGCAGACCAAGUCCGCGAAAAAUGACGGCGAAGACAAAAAAUAAGUAACUAGGUUAAUUUGAGCUUUUUAGCAAACAACCUGUAGAGCAGCUACGACCAGGUCCUUACCUGGAUGUGGUUAUUGGAAGCCCAAAGGACUUAAUAGCGUACGCCAAACAGGGAAAAGAAGACCGACAUGAUAUCAACUCAGGAAGGACAAGCGAAUAUCGGCAAAGUGCUGACUUUUCUUCGUGAGUGGGAUCGCGGUGACAGGACGGUCCGGGGCCGCAUGUUGAACACAUUUGUAACUGACAACACAGGAAAGACGUUUUAUGAGCUGGAGCUGGAGUUUGCACAGGUUGCCAGCCUCUUCCUGGCUCGACUCACCACCUGGAUGAGACUCACAUACAUGUUUGGGACGUUCUUGGGACUGCAGCUUAAAGCAAUUGGGAUUUUCCUUUCUGCAUCAAGCCAUGAUCAGUACCUAAUGGAGUUCCUGGCGGAUGGAGGCGUCCUCACUCUCCUGGAGAUCUUGAGCCACUCUCAGAGCAAAGAGGAGGAAAAGACAGAGGCCCUUCGUCUUCUGCUUACUGUCUCAAAUGCUGGUCGCAAGUACAAAGAGGUUAUCUGUGAAAGCCAUGGUGUGAAAGCGAUAGCAGACUGCCUUGCUAAGUCAAACACAGAUGAAACCCAAGAGACAGCACGGACCCUCCUGGAGUCCCUGUUCCAUGGAAACCCCAAAUAUCAAAACCAAGUCUACAAAGGUCUGAUUGCACUCAUGACUUGUACCUCCCCUAAGGCCCAGCACCUGGUCCUGCACACCUUACGCACUGUGCAGUCCAAAAUGAAAACAGCCCAUCGCAGCAUUGUAGAACCUCUGCUGAAUGUGCUCAGGACCGUGCACCUGGAGGUCCAGGAUGAAGCUGUAAAUCUGAUCUUAGACCUGAAGUGUUUUGAUGUGAGGCCAAUGCUGCUCAGUGGAUUGGUGGCUCUGCUGAGGCCUACUAAAGAAGAAGUACAGCAGCAACAGAAUAUGGAAGAAUCUGAGAUAAUCCGGACAACUGGAUCUCUGCCUGUGUUCCUGCAACAAGCUGCUGCAGCUAAAACUAUACGCUUGCUGGCCGAGGACAGUCAGGAGGUUUCUCGUGAACUUCUCCAUCUUGGAGUGAUCCAACAUCUUCUGUAUGCCAUGGGCAACAGAGAACACGCUGAUGCCCAAAUACAAGCCAGUCUGGCCUUGGAGCACUUUGUCCGUUCUUACCCAGUUAUCGAGGACCAUGUGCAGAGAGUCAUUGGCAGUGCACUGUUUGCAGCCUUCAUGCAUGAAGCUGAAACUUUGUACAUGAAUAUGGAUGAAACGCAUGCAGAAAUCCUGCUUACUAACAAGGUGAACAUAACUGAAGUUUUGGAAGGUGAUAAACUCUGAAGACUGUCAAGUGGAACAAAUCAUUUUAUAAAGCAGAUGACGAAAACUGUUAUUAAAAGUUUGAUUCUUAAA